GACGCGCUCCCGGGGCGGGGCCCAGUGACGCACCGGGGACACCGGCCGUGGCGGCGGCAGGACCCGCGGGAUCAGCAUGGGGAAGCAGAAGAAGGCGCGGAAGUACGCGGUGAUGAAGCGCAUGAUCAGCCUCCGGGAUGAGCGCAUUAAAGAGAAGGAUCGCGCAAAAGCCCCCGUGAAGAAGAAGGAGGACCCGAGUGCCAUCAAAGAGCGGGAGGUCCCCCAGCAUCCCUCUUGCUUGUUCUUCCAGUAUAAUACACAACUGGGCCCCCCUUACCACAUCCUGGUUGACACUAACUUCAUCAACUUCUCCAUCAAGGCCAAACUGGACCUAGUGCAGUCGAUGAUGGACUGUCUCUAUGCCAAGUGUAUUCCGUGUAUCACAGAUUGUGUAAUGGGUGAAAUUGAGAAGUUAGGACAGAAGUACCGUGUGGCAUUAAGAAUUGCCAAGGACCCUCGGUUUGAACGUUUGCCGUGUAUGCACAAAGGAACCUACGCCGAUGACUGCUUGGUGCAGAGGGUCACUCAGCACAAAUGUUACAUUGUGGCCACAGUGGAUAAAGAGCUCAAGCGGAGAAUACGAAAAAUCCCUGGAGUGCCUAUAAUGUAUAUUUCCAGGCACAGGUACAAUAUUGAGAGGAUGCCAGAUGAUUAUGGAGCUCCUCGAUUCUAACCUGUCCAGUCAAGCCAUCAAUGCCAGGACUGUGAGCUGGGAUAAGGGUCCUUCUGAUUCCAACCCUCCUGCUUUCUUCUUUUGUUGGAACUCUGUUCAUAUGACUGUGGAUAACACCAAACUGACUUCUUAACCUUGUUUUUCUAAGAAAAAGCUGUUUUGAAGAGUCUGGUUUUAUUCAUCCAUCCUCUGCCUUGGUCCAAUUACCUACAGCUGGGAGAAGUGAGAGGAUGGCAGGACCAAGAAUGUGCCUAGCUCUGCAUCAGGAUCAUUGGAAAAAGUGAUCUCAGCAUUCUGAAUUAAAUAUUGAUGAUGCAACUCUG